GAGCCUGCACAAAUGCGACAUGGACAGAAGUAACAGGGUUUCGGCCAUUCUAAUGCUAUGGCUUCUCAUUUGUGUUGGCUCCUCUCCCCUCUCAACGGUUGUCCGCACCUCAUCAAAGGUUGGUCUGCCGGCUGUGCUUCCGUGUACUGUGGCAUAUCAGCUGCAAACAGCUCACACGCCUCACAUUCAGUGGCAGACCAUAAGGGAUUCAGUCUUCGAGCGAAUGGGAGAGGAGCUGUUUCAGGGAGAGGCUUACAUAGACCGGGCGGAUGUGCCUAAGGAAAUGCUUAUGAGGGGAAACUGCUCACUGUUCUUGCGGGAUGUCAGAUUCAGCGAUGCAGGCAUUUACGAGAGUUACCUGGUGGUUGGAGAAUCAAGUAUCAAGAACCGAGUAUUCAUUCAGAGCGUCCAACUUGCAGUUAUUGAUCACAAGACCAUUAAGUCUGUGAAGCCUGGAGAAGAGCUGAUCCUGGAUCUGUACACGCAUCAAGCUGAGCAAGUGAUUUUUCAAAACAGUAAUGACACCAGCUGGUCAGUCCUGUGGGAAAGAGAUGCAGACAUAAGCAAGAAAGGUUAUCCGAAAGAGAGAGGCGGCAAGUUGACUUUUAGGGCGGUUACGCCCAGCAGUGCCGGAACAUACAAAGUUCUAGACUCACAGGGUUUGGCGCUCAGCACAACGAAGGUCGCAGUUACAGAACCUGUGCUAGCAAAAGAAACAAAUGCUCUGCAAAGACAUUCUCCAUUAGGUAAAGCCACAAUGAGUAUGCCUCCACUAAGCCUCAUUACUCUUUUCCUAUCAUUUCAUCUAAUGUUUUUCAAAUGAAUUGAAAUUGAUUUUUAAUUGUUUUUAAUUUCAUUUUAAAGGCUUUAAAAUAAGGUUCCCAUUUAUUAAUUAACAUCAAGUAACAAUGAGCAAUUCAUUUGUUUCGUUAUUUAUUCAUCUUUGUUAACAUUUAGUUAAUACAAAUGCAACUGUCCAUCCCUAGUUCAUUAGAUCAGGUCCAUUAAUAAUAUUAACAGAUACAAUGUUUUUUUUUUUGAUAAUGUAGGCUACACUGUAAAAAAAAAAUAUGAUUAAUAAGUUAUGACAAACAUGUUUUUACAUUGCUUUAACUCAUCAAAAUAAGUUAA